CUAUGCAGACGACAAAGCUGUCACCAUAUCUUCCUGACGUGAAAAUUGGCAAUUCCUCUCUGAGCAUGUGUUCAUAUUCGGCGUCAGCAUUAUAGUGUCCAGUAGGAGGGAAGAGCGUGGCAGCAGCCUUCACCCCAUGACCGAACCCCUAACACCCCUCGCCUGCCUCGCUCCUAGCUAUGGCUGCUUGUCGCAGGAAGGUUGAGGUGUUAGUGGUGCUACUGCUAACACUAGUCCCACGACCUGGGCCUCUGGAACCACGUCCGCCCUGCACCCGGGACAAAGCAGCUCUUGUUAGGAAGCUUGUCAACAAGCGGUGGGUGCCAGUGCUGGAGAAGUAUGGUGUGACGCUACCCCUAGAGUGUCCGCUGCAUGCAGCUCGGGAUGUGUUCGCACAGCAGGAGGAAGCCAAGGUGCAUGUACCACCCCAGUGGACUUGUGGCUUCUGUGGAAAGUCAUUUUACCACGAGGCACACCUGGAUCGUCACCUUGACAACCGGCAUGAAGACUACCUCAAUAAUGGAGAGGACUCAGUGUGCCUGGCAGAUUUUUGUGAUGUGAUGCGUUGUGAAGUGUUGUUAGAGCGGCUACGGGACUUUGAUGAUGCGCCACCUUCUGCCACUGCUCUAGAUUUGUGGCACCAGCCUCUACUAUUGUCUUCCCCCACCAUGCACCAGGCUCAGUCACAUUCAGAUCAAGCUGUGGAGCGAGCUCUGCCCAGAAGUUUGAUGAGAUCGUCACAUGCAUCACAUCCAUGGUACCAGUGGACUCGACAGCCCCGCAUCCGUCACCAUGACCCUCCACGCCCUCCUCCACCUACUCCUCCCACGCCUGUACCAGCGCCUGAUCUUUCAGGAGAGCAGCAAGGGGAUGAAGGGAGGGCAGUGGUGGACCCUGGGGUUUUGGCAAGGUGUGACAAUGAAGAGGGAGAUUGUUCAGCUAUACCCGAAGACACCAAUAAUGAGAGUGGACACGCUGCUGGAGGGCCUCGGGAGUUACCGCUCCAUCCAUUACAUUCGUGGCGGGACACCUGUAAUGAAGAACAUCUGGCAGAGUUAAGAGUCAAGUGUCAGCAACUAAUUCAACAGUGUAUUGGUGGCUUACUUCUCAACCUCACCUUUGAGCAAUUUAGAGAAGUGGAAGGAGCACUGAGUCGGGCGGUGUGCUGGUAUCUGACAUGUGAGAGGUACUGGGAGGCUGGUACUAUGGAGCCACCUGAGUUCCCUUGGGGCCUGGUCACCGGCUUGGUCCUCCUCUUGACGCUAGGAGUAUCUCUUGCUUACUAUAUUGUUUGGGUUCUCUGCGAGUCUCAAGAUGGAGGAGCAAGCACGCCAGGUAGUGUCCAUGAUGCAGGAGGCAUCCCACCCAUCAGAUCUACCAAACUCCGUCAUUCUGCAGCCACAGAAUCAGAAAGUGAGUGUCGAGACUCCGGCUUCAAUGAGGGUCCCUUAUACCCCGAUGCAAGUGAUGUCAGCCAUUUGUAUAGUGAGUACGAUGGGCAGUCUUAUCGCUCAAGACAUUACUCAGAGGACUCGCGGUUGUCUUAUGCUCCAGAGGAUUACGGGCCUGGCUCCAAGUACUACAUCACCGAGGAACGUAUGUUUAAUUAUGCUACCACAUUUAUGCCCAACUAUGAACAGCGACGACUUAGACGAAAUCGCUACAAUUAUUUAGAUGACUAUGACGACUACCAAGAUUUUCCAGAAUCUGACAAAUAUUAUGAUACAUCUAGUCUAAGUAGAGAGCAGAGUGACAGUUUUAUCUAUGUCUCAUAUCCUCCUGAUGUUAAAAAAAGAUUUAAUGAAAACAGGUGAUGAAAGAAUAUUAGAAUUUACCUUUGGUGAUGCAUUUAAAUGAGCACCUAUUUUGCCCAUAAUAUUUCACGAGGUGUUUAAUGUAGCUAAAUGACUAAGAAAUUGACAGUCUAAUAUUCCUUUCACCAAACUAGAAUAGCAAUUAAACUUCAUGUGGUAGCUUUGUCAGGAUGAGCAUGACAUACUGGUAAAGAAAGACAAUUUUUUAUACAUUUGUCAUUAGUUUGUCAGCCAAAGUAGAACAGACACAUUCAUUUUAAUUUCAACAAAGCAAUCAGAAUGUGACAUCAUCAUCAUGAGAAUUUCAAGUCAUUGCAAGAAGCCAAUAUGGUACUAUGGUGAUUAAUUUCAGUUGUCUUAAUUUAGGAAUUACAUAUCGUUUGUAUUUACAUCUACUUGUAUCCGUUUUAAACAUACUGUAUUUUAAAUGAAUAUGCAAGUAAGGGAUGGAUUAAACCACAAGCAGAGAGAUACUACAAAAGAUUUUAGGGGAUAUUGAGAGAUGAGAGAGAAAUGGAUCACACAAGGAAAAUUUCCUUAACCCUCAUCUUGUUGUGCACUGACAUAUAUGUGAAAUGUCAAAUGUACUGUAUAUGUGUUCCUAUGGACCAAGUUUGUAUAGUAUUUGAAGAGGAACUAGCAGUGCUUUUUGAAAUGUUGGUGGUCCCUUCACCCAGUGUUAGAUCAUGUAUAAAAGUGGUGGUUCAUUUGCACUUUGGAAUUCUUGGGUGCCCUUUAUCUAUCCCAGUUGUUCAUUGUCUGUGGGAUCCCUGAAAUGCUGCUCUCCCUGUACAGAACUCAUAAGUUUCUUUGUUAUUAUUAAGGGUUAAGAAGUAAGGGUACCUUAGGUUUGGCUGCGGCCAUAUAGGACACAUGAUUCUCAGGCUAUUCUUAGCCUAAGAAAGUGACCUGAUUUAACUUUGGCUGUAGAUGGUCACCUAGUUCAAUCUUAGCUUUGCAGGAGUCUUCUAAUAUGCCUUUUGAUGGACAGAUGCAGGAGUGUCAUGCAUGAUAAGUACACAAGACACACAUAGAGUCUGAUAGCUUGGUUCAAGUGUCACAUGAUGUGUUGUACAUGGUGCAGUGGCACAUAGUGUAUUGUACAGUCUCACCAAAAAGUUCGUUAAAUCUCCCAGCCAGCUAUUGCUGCACUGCCUGCUUCAGGUGUUUGAAAUUGUCUCAGUACCAACCAGAACAUGAAACCGAUACGAAUGAAUCUAAAGGUUCGAAGUAACAGACUCAAGUUCAUACAUCUGAAGCAAGCAGUGCAGCAAUAGCUGGCUGGGAGAGUUAACAAACUUUUGGGUGAGACUGUACAUGAUGCAAAAUCACAUGGUGUAUAGUACCAUGUACAACACACCAUCUAAUACUGCAUCAUGUACAACACACCAUGGUGUGUUUUACAUAGUGUGUUGUACAGGAUGCAUCAUAUAUGAAGUGUUGUACCUCUUGCAUUCUACAUGAUGUGGUGUACAUGGUGCAUUGUACAUGGUGUGUUAUACAUGGUGCCACCCCCACUGAUGAGAGCAGAGUGCUGGUUGUACAGGGGUAUUUAGCUCUGCUGCUUUACCAUAUAUAUCAUGUAUGUUCUGUUCAUAGCUCAUGACUCUACUUAGGAAAAAAAAUUAUUUUUAUAUUUAGUGGUACUCUGCCACAUGUGUUUUAGCCCGAGUACAAAUAAAUGAAACUGUUAUUCACGAUAACCAUACAAUGAAUGAAGACCAGACAAAGGACAACUGCUGUCAUUGCGCUUUCACCGGAGCUGCCCUGGGUAGGAUAUAUCUGGGAAUGAUAGGGGGAUACAGGGGUUAGGGGCAGCACUCUGGGUGGUGGGCAAAUGGGGUAAGCAUUACAAUUGGUGCUGGUUUGUAGACUAACCAAAAACUCCAUACUAACUUAUGUCAUUUAAGCCCAGAGGAGUGCCAUUCAUUUGUUGAUAAAAUGUAUAUAUUACAUUAUUCUUAUACUGUACACAGUUUCAUUAUUGUUCACAGUCAAAUGAUGUAUACUUUCUUCAUAAUUGGAAGUUUAUAGUUGUUUACUCCUUCAAAAAACUAAGGUACCGGUAUAAACGGUUGUGUUUAUUAUAUUUCAUGAUUUUUUAGGCUAAAACUUGUGCAACAGUGAUGUGCAAUGUUUGUAUUUAUAUUUUAAGACUAGAUUAUCACUGUCAUUCACCUGACAUGAUGGCAUUUAAGGAAGAGUUGGUAUUAUAAGUUCACCACUUUACUGAUUGUGUAUUUGGAAUCCAAAGUGCAAUACGUUGUAAUAGCACAAGUACCCAAUAAGUAAAUUUUUCAAAGUACUAUCUACUUAAAAUGCAACAGUUUCUUUAAGGGUAGGAUAAGGAUUUUGGCAAGUGAUAUGGAUAAGGCUAUUUUCAUAACUGUUAAUAUUGUUCUUACAGUCUACUGUUUUUCAUGAUAAUAAUAUUUCACCCGGUAGCUUCGGGAGUUCUAACUCAUUCUUCUAUGGUCCGUCCUCCCUCCCUUUAGGAUCUGCCAACUGUUGUAGACUUUGUGUAAUAGAGCAAGAGUAGGACGGCAGGCCCACUAGUCACGUGCUGUACAGUAAGGCUUUGGGGUUCUGUGCUUGUGUACACUAGCUAUACAGUACUUUUUUCAGCUGGUCCCGGGAAAGUCAGCUCUAUGAGAGUUAAUAAGCCCUGACCAGCAGCUGAUCUCAUUGGUUGAUUUGUUUUACAUAUAUUUGCCAACAGAUGAAUAGACACAAGAGCAAUGCUUAUGUCUUCAUUGUAUUACGUACGACCAACAUUAGAGUAGUCAGUAAUUGUACAGUUGUUGUAUGUGCUGCCAGGAAAUUGCACAGCUUGAGAAAGUUCUUAACAUACACUCUGCUUUAAUUUAUAUAAGUUUUUUGUAUCACAUUUUUUUCUAUGGUUUUUGAAGAGGAAAGCAUUUAAUACCAUACAUAUUGACUACAUUAGACAAAUUAAAGUAGUUGCAAUUAAGACAACUCCUUAGUUCUUAUAUCCAUGGGAAAUUUAACUCUAAUAAAACUUCCUUUACAUCUUUUAGAUCAAUCAGAGACUUAGACAAGGGACAAUAAACGCACAAAAACAUAACAAAACUGUUACAUUCCAGAUUGAACAUAGUGCCAGUAACUGUAAACUAUUAAAACAGACAAAACACUUUGUAUCACACAUAUAUCCAGUGAUAGUGCAGAGCAGAGGCUAAAGCAAGGUAAUGUAAUGCACAAUGCCUAAGAAAGUUUCAGCAAUAAGUAGGUAGUAGUAUUAGUAGUUUAGCUGCAUGCAGGCUGUGAAGGAAGAUGAGCUGAACUUUGUGGUGAGUUUAAGCCCUUGCUGUUACUUAGUCUUCAUCUUAGCCAUGGCUGAGCUGUUGCCUCAGGGGACUUAUUGCAAACAUUUAAAAAAUAAAAAUUUAUAGUUGUAGCAAGUAUGGGGUAAAAAUCUAGCCUAUAAAGUUUGAUGAAUUGUAAAAUAAACCUAUAGUGUGGAUAUACAGUAUAAUUCAUACAAGAAGAUAGAUGGUGAAGGCUAGUUCUAUAGUCACAGUGGGGAUUUAACUGUUGAUGAGGAAAUCUUGUGGUUUGAGACUCUUUGUUUGAAUGUAAAUAUUAUGUUGAGACUGAUCCUGACUAUUGUCUGUGGACUGUGUUAAGUUAAUGUUAGUGCUAUUACUGUGGCAUAUGAUUUAUCAAUAUGUCAUUGUUAUGGUGCAACAAUGGUCAUGAGAUAUGGAAGUGAAUCCUAUAUAUUGACCCUUUUGUGGUUGGUUCUGGUCUUUAGGUGCUCCUGGUGUGAGGUUCUGUAAUGAAGUAAACAUUACUGAACUCAUCUGAGGAGUUGCUUUGUACAUACAGAGAGUGAAGUGUGAGCUUAGAUUCGAGAACUAAACAACAGCCAUGGAGUGGAGUAAGAUUUGAUGUAAGAUAAGAAAGAUGUGAUGUUAGUCGUAAUAUUGGUGAUAGUUUGGGUUUAGUCACACACUGUACUGUACUUGUCAUGAUAACCUAAGUUCUGUGACAAGAGAUGAUGUUGAGACCCAAGAAUUUAUGGUGAUAAUUCUCAAGCAAAACAUAUCUUCAGGUUACUUAGCUGCCCAAUACAACAACAAUACCUAGUGUGUGAUUCUAGUGCCCCUAUGUGGAAUAUGGCCACUCCAGGAGUGCUUUACAUAAUUUAUUAUGUAAAUAAUGUACAUCUUGUAACUGCCAGCUUGUAGUUGGUGUUUGUCAAAGAAUGUUAGUUUUUCUAACUGCUUGGGAUUUGAGCCCUUAUAUGGUAUUCAUGUCCAUUGCACAGAAAGGUAUACACAUACCUUUAUAUACACCCCCUGUAGUUCUCCUCACAAGUCCCUUCCUGCAGUCCUCAUCUCCUGCUCUCAUCAUGUAAUUUCUAGUUUUCUGAGCGAGGACUUGUAAUGUUUAGUAUUGUAAUCACAAACUGGAUUGAAUGGUUAUAUAAUGAGCAUUAAGCACCAUGUUUAUAUUAUGUUCCAUGGAAAGGUAGAUUCAUUUAUCAUUUAUAUACAGUACUAAUGUAUAGGCCUCUUCACAUAGAUUACAUGUUAUAAUUUUCAUCAUUGCUUUUCACAAGUGAAUAAGUAUGAUUACAAUGAGCUUCAUAUUAACAACUUAAAUAAUUUUUAUGAUCAGAUGUUGUAGUGGUUGUACAGUAAUAUUUUUAAUAGUCUGUUAAAAGAAUAAAAAGAGUUGGUAAUCCUUUGAUAAUAAUAAGGUACAGUCAACAAAAAAAAUUCUGCACCUUUACGGUGUUUUACAAUAUGACAAACCGGACCAAGAAUUCUGAAUAAUACUCAUUUACUAAGGUGGUUCCUGUUCAUUUCUUUGUACUAAUUAUAUGUGAUAUGCAGAAUAUGUCAUAUUGGUUACACAUUGCAUCACAUAAUCAGAAAUACUGUACCAACCUUACCAAAUGAACAAGGCCUCAGUCAGUGAUCAUUACGAAGGCCAUCAGAUCCAGAGGUGCAGAGAAAAUUUUUGUUGACUUUACAUCCAGCAUAACAGAGGAAGUCACAUCUUCAUUUUCAUGGUCAGUCUGACAGAUACCAAGAUUUUAUAAGGAGUUAUGAUAAAAUUAGCACACAUUAAAUACUGAUACUGGCAAGAAUGAAGUAUGCUCCAAAGGCAGCUUUUAUUUGUCCACUGUUAACAGUCAUCAAUAAAUUGUUCACUGAACUUAUUAAAUUUUAUUGGUGUGAAAAAAUAAUAUAAAAUGAAAAUAGUAACUACCAAGAAUGAUCUGAUAUUCCUAUUAUAUAUUUCUUGGUUUAUAUGCCUUAAAGAUUGAUCCAUAAUGUUAAAGAAAUGCUAAAACUGAACAACAGGGUCAACAUUACUUCAUUUUAUUUAUAUUUGCAUUUUGGAUUUACUGCCUUCCCACGACCACUACUUCUGGCUUGUGACUGUUGAAAAAACAAAUUGUAAGUCAUGUGUAAUUGUGAAUUGAGUGAAGUUUAGUAAAUCCUCUUCUCUAGCAUUACACCUUUAAUCCACAUUAUCUUCUGCAUGUCUUAGUUAUCACCUCACACCAAACCAUUCCAAAACUUCCAUGAUGAACCAAUGUUUAUUUUAUUUUUAUAUUUAAUUGAUUCAAGGUGUCAGGUCUUUGUAUCCAGAUCCUUAAACUUUGUCAUCUCCAUUUUCACGGGUCAUAUCUGAGGUAUCCACUCACAGCAAACAUCAAUCCUUUAGUAAGAAUACAGAAGCAGGAAGUUAUUAGAUUAACACUGUAUUCCUGGAUUAGCCAACUGUCGUGUACUUGCCAGCUAAGUGCUUAGCUAGUUAUGAGAAUAUAUAGCAGCUUAUGUGAGGGGAAUAGUAUGAGGGGCAGUAGAAGAACUGGAUAUCAAAACACAAUGCUGACUGAACCCCAACUAGUUUACUGAAGCAUCAGGAAGUAAUACAUACAAUCAGUACAAUGAUCUUUUGCUAUUAAUCUUGUUCAAAACUGUCUAUACUAUAACUGCUACAUUACCAGAUCCAUAAUAAUGAAGCUUAGGAAAAGUCUUUGAGAUCAGGAUGUGGCAUAUUAGCAGACGUAACUGAUCAUUAUAAAUAUAUGGCAACUGCUCCUUGUAGGUCAGAAGUGCAGAUUCCAUUAUGAACUUACUAAAGUGAAAAAAAGGUUUUCUGCAUAAAUGUUGAGUGGUCAUCCUAAGGUUACUACACAGCUAGAUCUAGUGUGUUGUAGGGUAUUACAGUACUGUACUGUGCCAUAAUAGAAAGUAGAGUCUAAUAUGUUCAUUUAGGUAUUAAGAACAAGACUAUGUAGCCUUAGUACUUCAGAGAAGAAAGAACUGAUAUGGUUGGGAUGUUCAAGUGAGAUAUAUAUAUAUAUAUAUAUAUAUAUAUAUAUAUAUAUAUAUAUAUAUAUAUAUAUAUAUAUAUAUAUAUAUAUAUAUAUAUAUAUAUAUAUAUAUAUAUAUAUAUAUAUAUAUAUAUACACAGGUACAUAUAUAUAAAUUAAGCAAAUGACAAAUUGGAGGUACUACAGUAUUCUAAACUAAAGAUUGAUCUAAUAUUUUGAAGGCAAGUGAACCAAAAUUCAUCAUAUAAUUUUGCGUAUGCUCUCCAGUAGACAUGAAAGAUCACUUAAAGAAAACAUUACAAUACAGGUAUACUUUUUCAAUAUCAUCUAAAAUUACUGUAUUGAUGUUAUGAACAUACAGUGUCACGUUACUAUUUUAUCAUUAAGUACUGUAUACAGUAGCAUCAUAUCUGUGAUGCCACUACCUAGUCCUGUCCUAUUAAUUUUAAAUUAUUACUUAUUUCCUCAAGCACAAUCUGUUAACACUUACCACCAUACAGUUGUCACCUCUUGGAGCCCCCUGCCAUAAGCACUUCAUUCACUGCAGUUCUAACUUGAGCCACCUUGGACUGUUCCCUACACACAGAAUGUAAGUACCCCCCAAAAAUUUUUCAUCUACAUUUUAAUCACUUUAAUUACUGUAUAUCAUUUCUGUAUAUCAUUUCUUAAUCCUUGUCUCUCCUAAUUUCUUAUACUGGUAAAGUGAAGGCCAUGAUCAAGUGUUUCAAAUACUAUGCUGCACAGUACAGAACUAACUUUGGAUCAGAAAGUCCUAGCUUGGAGCCUUGUUUACCAAAUAUAUGCCCCAGUCAACUCAGGUGUGAAUUGUAAUUACCAGUAGGUACUCUGAAAACCUAUUGACCUGUAUUGCCUUUGUAUGUUAAAGACAUAGGGGUAUUACAAUGGAGACUGCAGGCUACCUGAUAGUUUUGGCUACAGAGAUUAGCACUGUGCCUGGGUAUACUGCUACAGUGUAUAGUCAUCAGUUUUACUUUCUGCCUUUCAACCACUUACACAGGCUUAACAUUACUUCCUGACCCUAAACAAUGGUUAACUGCUCAUUAUUUCUACUACUCAUUACUGAAUUACCCAACAAUCACACUCUCAUACUCAAAUAAGCUUCCCUUCCUCUCCUGUAUUCCACAGUCUGCCAUCACUUUCCACAAAUUCCUCUCCAUCGGCUGUACAAUGAUACAGGUUUAACCUCACUAAUCUGGAUUUCCAUAAACCAUAAAUUCCAGUGGUCAGAACAAUUAGGAAAUAAUGUACUGUAUAAAAAAUGCAUGUUAGUUGUAUCAGAAAAAAAAAAUUAAAUUUGAAAGAUUAUACAGUAUUAUACUGUACUACUUGAAAACUGUCUGGUUUUUAUGGCGCUCUAACAAAAAAACAGUAACACACAAUUUUGUAAUACUUAAUGCCACGUUGUCAAUUUCAUUUGAAAAUCCUCUUUUGACAUACCCAGUAUUCAUUUUUCAAUCUAGGACCCUCUACUGUAAUACUGUACUACUGAGAAGGUAACAAACAACUUUUAGAUUAUUGCAUAAAGCACUAAAUGUUGUAUUAAUGAUUUAAUGACUACAAGAACAUAAACUGUGUAUUACCAAACACUGUACAGUACAGUAUUGUGAUUCUUUAAGUAAUUUUUACCUGAGAGCUUGUAAACUCCUAUGAAUCACAAAAGUCUAAGAUAUGCAUAAGUCCCAAGGUUACCAGAUUAGAGGAGUUCAAUUUUUAUACUGGUACACUGCACAUACAAUUUUCUCAUGAAAAUAAUUUACUUUUCUUACUUUCAUCCACUUCGCCACUGAUCGGCUUGUUAGCCACACAGCAGGUCAGUCAUAUCUCUGUUACACACUGUUGGUCACCAUAGUUUUUCUAAGCAAUAUCAUAGGAAUUUUAAAAGGCUUUAACAAAAUACUGGUCAUUAUUACGGUAUGCUGACCUGUGGUAAUUGUGUUAGAGCUGUGGUAUCCUGGUGUGGAGCUGUGGUGUGCUUGGAUAAAUUAUGGUCCAGAGAAAUGACUAUAGUGACCCACAUAGGAUUUUACUUAAAGGAACUAACAGCAGGGCCAUCAAAACUAAUGGGGAAAAUAACUAUUUACUGUACAGGUACUACAUUGACUGUAUGACCUACAUUUGCUGCCUCUAAUGUAGGUUGUAACAUGGAAAAAUAUACAAAGAGUACGGUACAGUACUUGUAAUUACGAGCAAAUUUAAUUCAUUUUUGAACUUGUAGGUAGUUGAGCUGUCAGCUUUGAGUGCUUGCAAGCUUUAUCUGCUGCACUAUUACAAUACAACUACAGUACUACAUAGAGACAAAUUAAGUUCUUCUAGGAAGCUCUGUAGGUACAACAUAAUGCAGGUAACUUAUGUAGAACUAUCCCUGACCUUGAACCCAGUACAGUACAGUACAAGGUUGAUCACUCCGAUCACAGGGAGUCAUUUACGUAGUUAACUAUGGUUCUUUGGCUUGUUACCACCUUUGCCGGCGUUUCACCUGUUUGCUGCAGGUCUUCCCUUACUGCAAACAAAGAUUCUUUGUUUCAUGCAGACAACAAAUAAUAUUAGAUUACAAUUUGCGGCACUGUUUGCCAGUAUAUUUAUGAUAUGUGACUGGUAUGACUUUCUCAAUCUUAGCUACUGUGAUUUAGCUUUUUUUAUAUGAUUUGUCACAGAUUUGUAAAGGGAAGGGACUUACUGGACUGACACAGAAGUAAUCAUGCAUUUGAAUUGGUCACUUUUGUCUUAAAUAAACUUUUAUUGAUAUAUUUCCAAGUGAACAAAUGUUAGUUUGCAUAUUCAAGUAUUUUUGAGGUAUGUAUCUUGACCCUGGUGUGUCAUGUAAUACUGUAAUGUGAUAAAAAUGUUCAUUAGAAAAAUUUUAAUAUUACUAAUAUCUUAGUGCACAGUUUAUGAGAUAUCUGUGAACUGUUAGUGUUAUACACCUUUGAAAAAAUUUGAAUGAAGGAAUCUAUUUUAAAGGAAUCUUAGAACAUUACAUUGUCCCAGACUGUCCUAAAAUUGCAACAUAUCGUCAACACUCAUUACCUGAAUGGUUUGUCUUGAUAAUUAAAAAAAAUCUCAAACAUGAACAUGAAAGAAAUAUUCAAAGCUUCAUAUUUGUGUGUAAAUAUUUACAGCCUUACAUUUCUUAUGUCUUACAUUGUCCUGUCAUGAUGACUAAACACUGGUGUGCUAUCACAUGAUGGCCUUACGGUAUGAUUCCUUCUAUUUACUAUUUUUCCCUGGUUCAUGUUUUGUUUCACUUGUAAAUUCUUUUUGAUAAUAUGUGUGUCAAUGGCACAAUUCUAGGUAUUAUAUAAAUUUUUUUUAAAGUUUUGUGCAUAUAUUAAGACAAGAUAAUUGCACUUCAUAUAAUAAAUAAAGAAUGUACACAAUUUCUCUAGAUUGGAUUACCACUUACCACAAUACUGUACAGUAUACAGUACUGUACUCGAAGUGAUGCAUCUAACAACUGGUGUACAGUAUAUGUAUUUCUUUAAGUAAUUUGAAUACCAAUAUUGUUAAUGUUGCUUCACUAAAGUUUAAUUACUAGUAUUAUAUCCUUGCAUUAAGAUUAUAUGCAGUUAAGAUUUAUAAGACAUUUCACUUCCAACAUCACAACUGUAAUAUAUUUUCACAUCUUAUGUUGAUCUUAAAUGUCCCUGUAAACAAUGAAAUGCUCCACAUAUCCCAUAUCUCUGCAUAGGUCAGCUUGCUUAAAACAUUGUUUAGUAACCCCCCCCCCCCUUUUUUUUUACAUGAACUUUCAUCUCUAAAGUGGGUUGCAUAAUUAUGAAUACAUAAGGCUUUCAAAAGUACAGUGCUCCCUCACUUGGAGUGCUGUACAGUACAAUACGUACUGUAAUUCUGUUUGAUCUCCAGUCAAGAACGUCCAAGGGAGGGCUAUCAAACUGGUGCUGGUACUGUACUCAGACACCUCACGUACAAAGACAUAUUAAAACACCUUCAAUUGCCGAUUCUUUACUAAGAAGGGCAAGAGGCAAUUUAUUAUAAGUCUAUAAGCACCUCAAAGGACAUUACUUAGUCAAAUGUACAGUUGCCGACAACAUAAACAUACUUAAUGGCCAAAAAUCCUGCAUGUAAGUGACACUUUGGUGUGCCUUGCUUUAUAGAACAUGGGAUAGGUGACGGAAACAUUGUGACACGACCUGAAUGUUUGUAUAAGUACUGCAAAAUAAUGCUACCAGACGUGUUGAGAGUAUUUUGUUGGCGACUGUACAUGAUUAUGCUUAUCCCAUUCACCACUCUACAGCUUACUGGCUGGUCAGAUGAUUGUUUUUUUCUACUAUGCAUUGUUGGCAAGUACUACACACUCUUGAAUGUCUCUGAACUUGUGGCAGUGUUGAUCAAGUCUGGUCUUAAAUGAAAUCACAUUCAUAUUUGGAGUUGGCAGAUGGCCACCACACUAAGAGGUCAAAGCCUCAAGUUAAAGAUGAUAUUUGUGCAGAAAACUGUCAAAGAUAACUAACUUCCUUGGAUAUAAAGUUAUGAACUCUAGGAAUAACCUGCCAGAGAAAGUUGUUAUAGCAACAUAUGUGAGCUCCCUUAAACCCAGACUUGACCAACACUGGCACAUGUCCAAGACCUCAUACAUGCUCAGUACUGUACUUGUCAAUAGUGCCUAACAAUGAACUGACUGACCACCCUACUGGCUACAAAGAUGACAAGUGGUGAAGAAAACAAGUAAGUAACUGGGAAAACAAAGGAUAGAGUCUAGGAAUGACUGAGGCCAUCCAUUACAGGAUUUUUAACACAUAUUAGUGUACUGUACAGGUACUUUAUAUGGUAUUAUAGCCCUUACAUUACAUCAGCUGUACAGUAUACUAAACACAACCAUAAGAAAUUUUACAAGUCAAUAGAUAACUCAUAUGUUCGUGUCUUAUGGUGAAAUAGGCUGGUAAAUAUUUGCAGUAUGCUCCCUGAAACUUUUUCUGUUUAACUGUCCUGUUCAUUAUAGUGCAUGCACAAAAAAUAAGACACAAGGGACUGACCGGCAGUUUAUGUCACAUUACACGAUUAACAACCAUUCUCCAGGUACAGUAUAGUAAGCCUAAUGAUAUUAAGAUCUUGAGUACUUAUAGGUAAACAACAUAUUCUCCUGAAAACAUGAGACAUGGGGUAUUCCAGUAAUAUUUGGAAGCAUUUAAGGAGUUCCAGAACAUUCAGAGGUUAAAAUAGUCAUCCAUCUCAGUUAUUCAAAAGAGUGUACAUUUGUUAUCAUCAACUUGAACGUCUUCCUUACUGUGUAUUAAGUCACUUCUUAUGAUACUCUUACUCCCUAUAAAUCUAAUCUUGUUAAUGGUACGUGAUUACACUACCGGUAGUUGUUUUCUUUGAUGCAUCAAAUGAUUUGCUCAUAUUCUUUGACACUUUUUUUUUUCAAGUACAAAAUCCAUGACUUCUUUAACUGUUGGUUUUGAUCAGCAUAAUUUAGACUACACAAAACAGUCUGCAGUCCCAACACAAUUUACCAUUGUUGUCAUUAUAUUCUUCUAGAAAUCAGUUUCUUUGACAGCAAAGUGCAAACUAAUACAAUCAUACAAGCAUUAAAAGACACACACACUAUCUGCUAUGUGUUUCAAUGCAAGUGUUUGUUAUACAGUACACUAUUUGUAUUAUGCACUGUAUAGUAUAAAUAUUAUAAUUCAUCUCUUUACUCAUUAGAAUUUUGUAUAUAAAAUGACACAAACUAAAAGUAAGGAACCAACUUUUCAAAUGCUCAGUUGUGAAAAAGAUAUGAUAUAACAGACAGUGGAUUCAGAUAAUUAUUGAAUCCUGUGGUUGUGUUCAGUUAGCUAUAAUAAUGAUAAUAAUAAUAAUAGUCAUACAUAUACUGGUGAAAGUUAAGAAUUAUUGUUGUUCAUUCAUGAUUCUUUGCCAUCAUUCAUACCACAGGAAGGCUUUGUCGUCUUCCAUAAUAAAUUCUCAAACUUCACCCUAUCUAUAAAAAGACUGUUGUUUCCUCUCCUACCUUCCUUGUCUCCAUUUACUGUACUGUAUAAUCUACUUUUACUUCUCAUUAUUUCUGCCAUCUUCUGGUUUCCUUGUUGUGUACAUUGCUAAAAUAAUGCUUAUGGUGCUGUACUGUACAGUUUUUACCGAUACAUAUUGCUUGACAUAAGCAAAAUGUGAUUGUUAUCUUUUAUGUGAUAUCCAAACCAAUAACAUCUACAAAAUUCUUCAUCACAUUUUAACAAUGUUCUUCUUGGGUCUCUGUUACUUUGAAAUGUUUAGAUGAAUAUGAUUAAAAUAGAUCAAUAUAACAAAUCUAGCCUCACUCUUACCAUAUAGUUAUGCAUAUACAGUAGUAUUCUGAUAUACUAAUACUCUGCAAUUGUUUUGUUUGUGAUAAUACUGUAGUGUUUUCAUACAACAACAUAUUAAAUUUAUUAAUACAAUAAUAGGUAUUGUAGUGUCACCCACUGGAAACUACAGUACAGUAUUCACUUAAAAAAAAAAGUGGUUGAUUACCUAAAUACAAAGUUAAAUGAUAUGUUUGUCACUUAUCCUAAUUAUGUGUGUGGCAAGACCUAAUCCAGAAGAAAAAAAAUUCAGUUGGCAGACACUAAUAAUACAAAGGUUUUCUCAUUAGUAGACCAUAAUUUGGUUUGCUUUAGUCAUCUAAUGGCAGUACAGUCCUGUACUACUGAAGGAGAGGAUGUCCUUUUCUUCAUUGUUGAUUUCCUCUUUGGAUUCUACAGAACUGUAACACCUCCACACUUUCCAGCAGAGUGUGUCAUUGUCUAUUCCAUAUAUUUUAUUGCUUCCUCUUGCUUUUUUAUAAAUAUUUUUCUUGCUUCCCUACUUUUAAUAUCCCCUUUCUGCAAGAUUCACUCUUUUCUCACAUUCCUAUUUCUUAGCAUAAACAAGUACUGUAGAGACUGCUCACAUUAUAAGUCGACUGGGCAACUUUUUUAUAUAUGUAUGCUCAUAGCCUUAUAUCAGGCCUUCAGGAGGAAAGUAUAGCAAUGGUACAGAGCAAAAAUAAUUUGAGAAUAUUCUCCAUUAGCCACCUGGUAUCAAUGUGCUCAAAGCCUCAAGGUAUGGCACGAUGAUUAUAUGCAAUUUAUUUUAUUCACUAUGCUACUGUUAUAUAAACUACAGUAUACAAUAAUUAUUGUAACAUUUAGCCAUUGACUUGCAAUCUAUCAUUCUCUGAACCAUUAUCAAUUUCAUAUGAUAUCCAACAUUUUCUACAAUGGAUGGAAGUUGUUUCGAUGAUGUUCUGGAUUUGUAUCAUGUUGACAAUAAAAAGGAAAUUUGAAUAUGAACUAGAGUGUUUAGUUUAAUGGAAGAUUAUGAAAUUAUAUGCCUUUUACUCAAAAUUACAUAAUGAAAUUUACAAAGGGGGCAUUUCUGCUUAUGAUACGGGUGUCAGGUCAGUUACAGAGACAAGUGCUAAUCUUGUACAUUACCUGGAUAAUAUCACUCAUUAAAUUCAUAAACAUAAGUUCACACAGUUUGGAACAUUUUAAAAACAUCAAUUUAAUUUUUGGGUCAGCAUUCAAUGGACAGAAUAAGAUGCUGCAUACCGUACACCAAAUAAUACACAUCGAAUAAAAUUAUUGUUUCUUAUUGGUAAUACAGUAACUCUAAACAGUGUACAGUAUACAAGUAAUGUUCUCAAUCAAUGAUAAAAAUAUCAAAAAGCUUAAUUCAAAUCAUAACUACUGUAUUAAAUCACUUACUUAAACUUAUUCUCUUUAUCCUUUGUCAGUUUACUGAAGGUCAAACAGUUACUCACUUCUUACUGUUGGCAGGUACUGGCCUGCCUGUACAGGCUCUUGAAUGUACAUUACCUUGUACAUUAUCUGAAAACAGCAUCAGAAAAGGUGAAUUUAUCUAAACCUCUUGGUAAUAAAACAGAAAUGAUUUAGCCCUAAACUCUAAGUUGUCUUUUGAUUAUGGAUAUUAAUAAUCUGACAGUAGUCUAAGAAUUAUUUUAGUUAACAUGUGUUGUUAUAGGUGUGUAUUGUAUAUACGGUAGAAACUAUCUUUGCACAAACUUCAUGCAAGUGGUUAAGUGUUGUGACUGUCAUGUGUAUUUCAUCAAUUUAUUAUUUUUAUAAAGUAAAGAUGAAAAAGCUGUGAACUUGUCAUUGACUUGCAACCAUGUGUGAGCCUUGUUGUUGUACAUCAUUAUUGCUACUGUUAAUGGGACUGUGUAAUCUGUAAGCAUUCAUUUGCAUCAGUGGAUCCAGGGGGGUUCAGGUGGUUCGACCAUACACCAAAGACUUCAAGUUAUGAAAAAAAAAAUAGACAAAACUUUGUUUCAACAUCACCAUUCACACUAAACUAUUCAAAUCAAAUACUGUACAGUAUUAUGGAAGAAUGAGGCAUUUUGGUACAGCAGUUGCUUACUGUAAUAUUGCCACCUUGCUGGGAUUAAUUGUUCUUACUUUCAGUCAGAUAAUUUGAAUCCCUUGGUAAUCUGGGUCUGCCCUAAAUUGUGAUUAUCUUUCCAAAGUGUUACAAUUGACAAUAACAUCGUUCUAAAAGGUAAUAUUAUUUUAGUAACUUGUAUCUAAAAUAUUCUCAUAUGAGCAAUGUAUUACUACUCCUGAAGUUUGGGAUCUAAUUCAUACAAUCUGGAACAUAAUUGGAAAUGUAAAAAAAAUUUGGGUGAGUAAACUUGUGAAUUGAGCAAAGUAGAUUUGGGUUCUAAGUUGUUCCUUGAUAACAUACCACUUCCUUAAAUUUAAACAUAAUCCCAAAUAUCACCAUUCAUGUACAGGUACUCCUUAAAAUGUUUUGGUGGGGAAAAUGUAAUAAAUACCUUAAAGCACCCUGUUCCUUGAUUUUCUAAAUCUUUGUUUAAUAAAGUGAUAACACUUAAU